GUGGAAGUAAACUGUUAAUGGCGAUGAUUAGAAAUUAAUGACCCGGAAGUUGAUAUAUUUUUUAAACCCGUGUUGGAUUUUAUGAUUUUGUGGUCCCCGAAAGGGGUUUCCCCUUUCCCUGACGAAAUGGAGCCUCACGGAAUUAUGAAAGCGUUUCCUAAAGUGAAAAGAGCGGGCGUCAGGGACGGAAAGGGUGCACCCCCACUCAAGAGAAAGUCUGAAGAAGCAAGUGUGACAGGAAAGGUAUUUGAGGGCAUCACAGUGUUCAUCCUGCCAGCCAGUAUAGGGAAGGCCAGAUGUCAGAUCUUUGAGAGGCAGAUCGUCCAAAAUGGGGGACAGAGCGAGAGCUCUUUCCGUCCCAGUGUCACCCAUGUUGUGGUGGAUGACAGUAUGGACAGAGACCGGGCCCUCCGCCUGUUGAAACCAGAUGUACUGCCCCCUGGAGUAUUUUUAGUAAAAUGCACCUGGCUGAGCUCCUGUAUCACUGAGAAACGACUUCUGGACACAGCAGACUUCAGCCUGUUAACCCCAGAGAGACACCCGAAAAAGGAAACCCCACUGGCAGAUGUCAAAGAAGAAUUUCCCAUGAAUGUGCCAGCCACACAGGACGUAAAGGACGCUGUUCCUGAGGAGCCCAAACCACACGAGUCCUCAGCAACAACUAGUCACCCUCCCCCUUCCCUACUCUCUCAGGUCCCAGGAACAACAGAUGACCUGAGAGACGAAGAUGGUGUCUCACAGGGUGACCUGGAAGCCCUGGUCAGUGGCCAGCACCCCAAGGAUGAGAGCCCUACCUCCAGCACUGUCGAACACAAACCCAUCUCAGGGAAGUGGGUCUGCGCCCAGUCUUCCAAGUCCAAGACUGAUAAUCACAACAAACACAUAACAGACAAACUGGAGGUGCUGGCCAAGGCCUACACACACCAGGGGGACAAGUGGAGGGCAUUGGGCUACUCCAAGGCUGUGAAUGCCCUCAAGAGCUACCACAAGCCUAUCACGUCGUAUGGUGAGGCGUGUAGGAUCCCGGGCAUUGGUAAACGCAUGGCCGACAAGAUCGACGAGAUCAUGGAGAGCGGUCACCUCCGCAAGCUGGACCACAUCGGAGAGGCCGUGCCCGUACUGGAGCUGUUCAGCAACAUCUGGGGAGCUGGAGCCAAGACCGCACAGCUUUGGUACCAGCAGGGUUUUCGUACUUUGGAGGACAUCCGCACAAAGGCCAACCUGAACUACACUCAGAAGAUUGGACUGAAGCAUUAUGACGACUUUCUAGACCGGAUGCCUAGAGAAGAAGCAUCUGCCAUUGAGAAAACGGUGCGGGAGGCAGCCCUGACUGUGGACCCGGGCCUGCUGGCCAUCGCGUGCGGCUCCUACCGCCGGGGAAAGACCACAUGUGGGGAUGUGGACGUUCUCAUCUCCCACCCAGAUGGACACUCCCACAAGGGCGUCUUUGUCAAGGUCCUGCAGAUCCUCCAUCAGAGCGGCUUCCUUACCGACGACCUCGUGAGCCACGAGGAGAACGGCGAGCAGAAGAAGUACAUGGGCGUGUGCCGCCUGCCGGGGCCCGGACGCCGCCACCGCCGGCUCGACGUCAUCGUGGUGCCCCACGGGGAGUUUGCCUGCUCUCUCAUGUACUUUACCGGCUCGGCGCACUUCAAUCGCUCCAUGCGGGCGUUCGCUAAGACGAAAGGCAUGAGCCUGUCGGAACACUCGCUGAACAGGGACGUGCAGCGGCAGGGCAGUGUGAAGGUGUACGGAGGGACACCCAUACACACGCCCCAGGAGCUAGAUGUGUUCACUCAGCUGGGGGUGCCUUUUCGGGAACCCCGUGAAAGGGAUUGGUAAUGGUCAUGUCAUGACCUUAACACUAUGUUAUGUGUAAUGCUUAUUAAAUGUGUAAAUUAUUAUGACAUUAUUAUAAUAUUCAGUUUCUACAUGAUGAUGAUGAUGAUGAUGGACUAGGUUGUUAUGAAGUAUAGUGUGGAACAUCACAGACCUGUUGUUUUUAAUUAUGAUGGUUUUAGCAUUAAUAAAGUUUUAAUAUAAAAUAUUA